ACAUCGGAAAGUUGCAUUAUAGAAUAGGAAUUAGACAAAAAUAUAAGAUGGUCCUCACCAGAUCUUGUAUGUGCAGUUUGUUCGGAUACAACAAGCAGUUUCAUUUUUUUAAAUUGUCACGUCACUCGUUUAACGGUCCGUCCCGUCAACAGUUUUUUUUGCCACGUUCUGAAAAAAAAAAAGCAAAGGGAGUUAACAUAAUCAGACGGUCGGUGACCAAACGUGAAGCGAUUCGUAAAGUUAGUUAUGAAUAAGAAACAAAAGUGAUUCGAGUGUUAAACGUCAAAAGGUUUGUGUAAUUUGAGUGAUAUUAAAGGUAAAACAAGAUAUUGUUAGUCUUAUUGUGGAUUUUGUGGAUUAAUUUUUUAGUUAGUAGUAGAUCAAACAAAAAGUUUGUAUAAUGUGAUUUUGUGGGUUAACCACCACCAACCAAAAAAAUCAGCUACUAACUACACUCAACCCACUAGCCACAAGAUGUGGUUAACCACAAUGUUUGCGGGUUGGUGGUUUAUGGACAAUCCACAAACCAAAACCAAAACCAAAAUUUCACCCUAAUUACAUGGUGGAAACUGGGAAGCGAACUUGAUUGGGCUUGGGCCCCUCAAUCUAAGGUCCAAGGAUUGGUAGUUCCUAUAAGCUUCAAGCUGGGCUUAAUUAAAUAGAAAAACGAGCCCACAGAGCAUCCCUCUGGUCCCGCAAAAAGCUGCUCUCUUUGGAGAAGCGAAAAUUGAAAAUUGCAACCGAUUACUAACCAAUCAAAACAGAGGGAAAAAUACCAACGAUCACUUUCGAUUCACUGAGAGCCACAAAAAAUCAAGCUGAGCUCCUCGGCCGCGGAAAAAUGCCUGCACCAUUUCCACACUGUUGUACUCUCCAGAUCAACAACACCUGUGUUCCAGGAGGAAGGGAGAAAAUAGGAAAAGAGAAAGGCUGGGGAGGAGCAAAAAUGGCGAAAUUCACUCUGAAAGCUGAGAACUUUUGCUCCUUCCUUCCUCAAACUACUACUACGGUCGGGAAAGCCUUUGCCUUUCGGGACAAAUCGGUCGGCGGCAGUUACUUUCAGCUGUCUCCGGCGAGACCCAGUUCGUUGAAGUUUAGAGUUUUGUGUGGCAUCAGAGAGAAAGAGGGUGUCAAAAAGGAAGGGGAGACGGUUCCUGCUGUUGCUCCUUCUCAUCAGGGCGUCAAUGGAGUCCGAGUCAGUGAGGCUGAACAGGGUCGACUCAGUCGUGGGGGUGACGGUGGAGGAGGAGAAGUGGGGUUUGAUUGGAAUUGGCCGCCGUGGAAGAAUCUUCCUCCGAGAUAUAAGCUUAUUGGGACUACUUCACUUGCCUUUGUUAUCUGCAACAUGGAUAAGGUUAAUUUGAGUGUGGCUAUAAUUCCAAUGUCAAACCAGUUUGGGUGGAGUUCAUCCACGGCUGGGUUAGUGCAAUCCUCCUUCUUUUGGGGAUAUGCUUUGAGUCAGUUGCCUGGAGGUUGGCUUGCUAAGAGAUUUGGUGGCAGAAAAGUUCUUGAGCUUGGAGUGUUGACUUGGUCAUGUGCUACAGCAUUGGUCCCUUUGCUUGCCGGAUUCAUGCCUGGACUUGUUUUCUCUAGGAUUUUGGUUGGUAUAGGAGAAGGUGUUUCCCCAUCAGCUGCAACCGACCUGAUUGCCAGGACAAUACCUCUACAAGAACGGUCACGGGCUGUAGCAUUCGUCUUUGGUGGACUAAGUGUGGGAAGUGUAACAGGGCUACUUUUGGCACCUGCGCUCAUUCAGCAUUAUGGAUGGGAAUCUGUAUUUUACCUGUUUGGCCUAUUUGGACUAGCUUGGUUUAUAGGAUUUCAGACUAUGGUUGAACAAGAAGCUUCAUAUACUGCUGAACCUGCUGCAAAUUCAUCAAGUCACGAAGAGGAAAAAUCACAAGGUUCUUCUCUUGAGGAGCUUGGUGAAUCGAUGAAUGAUGUGCCAUGGAAAGCAAUUUUCAAGAGCCCAGCUGUAUGGGCAAUGAUAUACGCUCACUUUUGCGGGAGUUGGGGCCACUAUAACUGUUUGUCAUGGCUUCCUACUUAUUUCAGCGAGGCGCUGAACCUAAACUUGACUGAGGCUGCAUGGGUGUCGAUUCUUCCUCCCUUGGCUUCAGUUUUUGUGACUAACCUCGCAGCACAGUUAGCUGACAAGUUGAUUUCCAGUGGAGUUGAAACCACAACGGUACGGAAGUUUUGUCAAACAGUUGGUUUUUUGGCUCCUGCACUUUGUAUGAUCCCUUCCGCUGUGGAUUUGGGACUGCAUCCAUGGCAAGUUGUGGGGAUCCUCACAGCUGGCUUGGCCCUCUCAAGCUUUUCCUUGUCUGGAUUGUACUGUACACACCAAGAUAUUUCCCCUGAAUACGCAAGCAUACUCCUGGGUAUUACCAGUACUACUGGAGCGGUCCCUGGAAUUGUAGGUGUUGCCUUGACCGGCUACUUACUAGAUACAACUCAUUCAUGGACAAUAUCAUUAUUUGCACCAUCCAUCUUCUUCUACUUGACCGGCACGAUUGUAUGGUUGGUAUUUGCCAGUAGUAAGCCACAAAACUUCUCCAGUUGAGGACAUUGAUUGUAUAAUCAUGUAUAAUACGUAGUAUAGGUAUAGAAUCAGUCUUUUUCUGCCUCUUUUUUUGGCUAGAUGGCUUGAAGGUUGAGUAAGUGCUCGGUUGGCUGGCAACACAUAUGUACUACCACAUCUUUGCAU